GUUUAAUUUAGAGCAAUACGCACCGCCAUUGCGUUCAUUACAACUGUGGUGGAUUUGCGAGACCCAUGCUGAGGAAUGGAGCUAACGUUUCUUCUCCUGACACUUAUCCCCAAAGUCCUGGGGGACCUAUGCAAGGGUCUGCAGUCCGACGUGCUCUCUCACCCACUUUCCUGUAAGAAGUUCAUCAUAUGCGAACAGGAACAACUUUCAGAACACACUUGUCCUGGGGACUUGUACUUUGACGUCAUCAUCAGGAGUUGCAUUCUACAUUCUUUGGCACAUUGCGGUCCAACAUUAUUACCAACAACGUUAACAACACCUUUGCCAUACAUAUCUACUAAAUCUACUAUUCCUAGUCAAACUACUAAAGAUGAAUCUUUACCUCCAAUACCUACGGAGCCGAUACCUUCAACAUCAUGGGAAACUUUACCUCCAAUAAUAUCCGAUAGUCCAAGUACAACAGAACCAAGUUCUUUAUCACCAAUUACAUCACCUAGUUCUUCUCAAACAGUUAGUGAUACCACAGAUCAUAUAACAACAGAAGCAAGCACUUUAAACCCAACAUUCUCAUCUACUACCAAUCAACCAGAAACUCCUACAACUAGUGUAACGUACUCUACAGAUGUUUCCUCAAAUUCUAUGAAAACUGUCUCAGAUAUUGACACGACUAGCAAUGAACCAAUAACGCCGUCCGUUUCUACUUCCUUCAGUACAACUCCUUCAAAUAUCCAAACAGAUACAACGUUAACAUCAUCAAACGAUAUUACAAUGACGUCAUCAACAAACACCGAUGAAAGUUCUAGUUCAAGUGACACUCACACUGGUACACCUGUUUCUCCAUUCAGUACUACAGAGUCCACUAUAACAUUACUACCAAGUACUUCCAGUGGGAUGACUGAUUCGACAAGGUUUUCAACCGAAACUGGUUUACCAAGCUCCACUUCCAAUAUGCCAUCGUCAAGUUCAUCAAUGACAUCGUCAGACAUUGUAACAAGUACUGGAUCUGUGACUUCUGAAUCCACAGAUUUUACAUUACCACCGAUUUCGACAAUAUCUGAUAUGACAAGUACUGAAUCUCAUCAGACAUCUGAAUCGUCAUCCUCUUUGUCACCAAUUUCUACAUCUUCAAAUAUUGUAACAAGUACUGAAUCCGUUGUGACAUCUGAAUCCACUUAUUUCACCUUACCGUCAAUUUCUACAUCUUCUGACAUUGUAACGAAUACUGAAUCCCACGAGACGUCUGAAUCUACUUAUUUCACCUUACCGUCAAUUUCUACAUCUUCUGACAUUGUAACAAAUACUGUAUCUCACGAGACGUCUGAAUCUACUUAUUUCAUCUUACCGUCAAUUUCUACAUCUUCUGACAUUGCAACAAAUACUGAAUCUCACGAGACGUCUGAAUCUACUUAUUUCACCUUACCGUCAAUUUCUACAUCUUCUGAUAUUGCAACAAAUACUGAAUCCCACGAGACGUUUGAAUCUACUUAUUUCACCUUACCGUCAAUUUCUACAUCUUCUGACAUUGCAACAAAUACUGAAUCUCACGAGACGUCUGAAUCUACUUAUUUCACCUUACCGUCAAUUUCUACAUCUUCUGACAUUGUAACAAAUACUGAAUCUCACGAGACGUCUGAAUCUACUUAUUUCACCUUACCGUCAAUUUAUACAUCUUCUGACAUUGCAACAAAUACUGAAUCCCACGAGACGUCUGAAUCUACUUAUUUCACCUUACCGUCAAUUUCUACAUCUUCCGACAUUGCAACAAAUACUGAAUCUCACGAGACGUCUGAAUCUACUUAUUUCACCUUACCGUCAAUUUCUACAUCUNCUGACAUUGUAACGAAUACUGAAUCCCACGAGACGUCUGAAUCUACUUAUUUCACCUUACCGUCAAUUUCUACAUCUUCUGACAUUGCAACAAAUACUGAAUCCCGCGAGACUUCUGAAUCUACUUAUUUCACCUUACCGUCAAUUUCUACAUCAUCGGAUAUUGUAACAAGUACAGAUACCAAAAACACGUCUGAACCUUAUUCAAGUACUUCGUGGUACCCCAGCAGCUACUCAAACCCGACUGUAACAACUACCGAAACAAGUUCAACUUGGGAAAGUCUUCCAACCUUUACAUCUGUUACAGAUAAUACUGCAACUGACAGUAUAAUUAGUACUUCUAUACCUAGUUCUACUCCAUCAGUCUUACCUUCAACAAGAACCUCUGUAACAUACAGUGAUGAAACAAGCCCUUCGUCAAGUACAUGGGAAACUUCACCUUAUUCUCAAUCAACCCAUAUUUAUUCGGAAACAACAUCUUAUCCUACAAUUCACUCAAGUACUUUUAGCCCUGAAACAAGUUCAUACCAAACAACAAUGUCCGAAAAUACAUCUGGUAGUGAAACUUUACCCAAUAGUUCUACAUAUUCUACAAGUAAUGUAUUUAAAACUACAACUUCUGCAACCUCAGAAAGUGAUAUAACUUCCACAACAUAUAAUCCUACAUCAUUUGAACCAAGUUCAGAUACCCCAUUCACUCCUUUCACCUCUACAAAUAUCCCUACAGAAUUUACUUCUGAAACUUCAACAUCCACUAUAUUCCCUACUGAUUCGACUAUAACAGGACCAAGUAAUUUAACUACAUCUUAUCCAUUUUCAUCUACUUCAGAAUCAAUUACCACUGAAACUUUAAUAACAAAUUCAACAACUUAUACAACUGAGACAGAAACUAUUUGGACUACUUCAUCUGAGACAAGCUCUAUUCCACCAAUCACAACAUCGCCUUUUACACCAAUCACAACACAAGAACCGACAGACAUCACAACACCAACCAAUCCAUCAUCGGAAACGACACCAGAAGGAAGUCCAUUACCACCAAUAACUAUCUCAACAUUAGAAACAACUGCAUAUCCUCUUCCCCCUAUUACUACCAGCAAUGUAUCAACUCUUCCCCCACAAACAACAACUAUAGCUCCAUCCACAACCUUCCAACCUUGUCAUCCCUAUAGAUACUACACCAUAGCUAAUCCAGAAAAUACAAGAACCUUUUACUACUGCGUUUAUGGCACAAAAUAUCUGUUCUGGUGUCCAUAUAAUUAUGAAUUCGAUCCUAUAAAACACAUAUGCACACAACCAGAGGACUGUGAAUGUAAACACAAAAACACGAACAAUUAAUAUGUGCAUAU